GUGACGGACAGCGAGGCGCGUCCCUCUGGCAGUGGAGCAGCUGUUCCGCCCCAGUAUAGCAGCGAUCCUCCGCGGAUGUGAUCCUGCGUGGAGAAGAACAAGAAGGCGCUCUGGAGCUCUCCUCCUUCUCUCACCUUCCCACCGCACCGGUCUGGACGUCACCUCCUCAAGUUCUCGUCCUCGAACCCAGUGCACGAUAAUUCCGGAGCGGCGACGGCGGGGCUGCGAGGGGUCGGGGCGCCGUGACCGUCCAUGGAUCUCCAGGCGGUGGCGGUGCGAGGACAGCAGCAGUGGUAGCCGUGGAUACAAAUGUGGGAAGAAUUUCAAAAGUAUCCGGGAGUAAAGGGAAAAGAGAGUCGAGACGCGGAAUAGGAGGAUCUGCGCACACGAGGGAGCGCAUCUGCGAUGGCGUCGAGCUUGACGUGUGUGGGCGUGGUGUGGGCGCUGCUCUCCUUCCUGAGUGCCGUGGCCUCCUGCGUGGGUUUCUUCAUGCCCUACUGGCUGCUGGGCUCGCAGAUGGACAAGCCCGUGUCUUUCGGCACCUUCCGGCGCUGCUCGUACCCGGUGCUGGACGAGGAGCGACGGGCCACGGUCAUGCUAGAGCAGUGUGGCCGCUACGCCUCCUUCCAGGGCAUCCCCAGCCUGGAGUGGCGCAUCUGCACCGUGGUGACGGGCGUGGGCUGCGGCCUGCUCCUCCUGGUUGCGCUUACGGCGCUCAUGGGCUGCUGCAUCUCCGACCUCAUCUCCCGCGCCGUGGGACGCGCCGCUGGUGGCAUCCAGUUCGUUGGGGGGUUACUCAUCGGUUCUGGCUGCGCCUUGUAUCCUUUGGGAUGGGACAGUGAAGAAGUCCGACAGACCUGCAGCAACAUCUCCAACCAGUUUGAGCUAGGUUCCUGCGAGAUCGGCUGGGCCUACUACUGCACGGGUGGUGGAGCCGCUGCAGCCAUGCUGCUGUGCACCUGGAUGGCUUGUUUCGCUGGCAAGAAGCAGAAACAAUACCCGUACUGACGGAGCCGAGGCAACGGCCAAUACGCAGGGAAAGGCCACCUUCAGGGUGAACCAUGGCAAACGGAUCACCAGAGGAAACUUUUCCAGCAUACCUUGCUGAGGACUUAUAAAUAAGGGACACGAUCCAAGGGACUCGCACCGGACUGUACCUCACUGCGCCCUCCGCCGUGAAGCGUUGUGCACCCUACUGGUGCCAUUACGGGAGAUAGAUACCAUUUUCAUGCUCCUGCUGUUACAGACAGCCCCUUCUUCUUCAUUUCCCUAAAAUACACUCUAAAACGACCAAUCAUCCUUCUCUUUUUUUACUUAACCUUUACAAGUGUGUGACUUCGUAGAUGCUGAACCUUUGUAGUCUAGCAUGUCCUGUGAAGACUUAACAGAA